AUGGCUCUCCCUCACGGAGCUGUGGAGUUUAUGGUGACGGCCGUUGUUUUUUAUGCGUUGGCCCUCGCCGCUCUGGGCUUUCGACUAUGGUCUCGACACAUCCAGAGAGCCGAUCUCGCCUUCAACGACUACGCAGUAAUCUUGGGCAUAGUAUUCUGUGCAGGCUCUAUGGGCAUGCCAUUUGCAGCCUGCAUCAAAGCGGGAUUAGGAGAACAUCUCCAAGAUAUCAUGAAGACGGAUCCUACCAAGCUCAGUCUAUUUCUCAAGCUCUUCGUUCCGGGACAGCUCUUUUGGGCCGCAUCCAAUACCUCCGUCAAGUUUUCGAUCCUGUCACUAUAUCUCCUGAUAUUUCCUAGCAAGAAGUUCCAUCGCCUCUGCUAUUCGAUCAUGGUUCUUUCUAUAUUAUAUUUCAUCAGUGUCGUGCUCGAGGCAUUCCUAGUUUGCAAGCCCGUCCAGUUCAUAUGGGACAAGACCAUCGAAGGGGGGAACUGCAAGGGCGAGAACAUUGCAUAUCUGGUCUCGGGCAUCACCAAUUUAAUCCUCGACGUCAUCAUUGUCACAAUGCCGAUGCCACUGCUUCUCGGUCUCCAUAUGUCGAUGGCCAAGCGCUUGAGCAUUGCAGCCAUGUUCGGCUUGGGUAUAGUCAUCUGCGUACUGUCGCUAUUGCGAGUGAUAUGGAUCUGGAACUGGGAUCUGACCGACCUCACCUACACCGUCGUUCCGAUCGCCAUCUGGUCGGCCCUCGAGCCAGCGUUGGGCGUGGUCAAUGCUUGUCUGCCGACUAUGAUGCCAGCACUGACCUACAUGUUCGGACCUGGUGCCUUCGGUUUCUCUCGAAGUGGCAACAGCGAGGGAUUGAGUGGCAAGUCAAAGGACGCCUUACCCAGUCACGAGUCCCGCGGGAACUUUUCAAGCAAUAGGAAGCCGGUAAACCGAGACUUUGAGCGGCUCGAGGACGAGUUUCCUCUCACCGAUAUCCAUGUCGAUUCUUCGUCCAACUUCACAAACCACAGCGGAGGUGGAAUUACAGUAACACGGAAGUGGGAGCUGAAAGAGGGGCGCUCCGAGGUUCGA